GCUGGGGGUUACUGUGCUGAACAUGUCGUCUUGGAGGGGGAAAUGCAUAAAAGUCGAUAUCCGUCAUUUCUACGCCUAUGCUGACUGAUAAAGACUCAUAUUUCACAUUAUCCGCCAUAUUCACAGCCACGUACAUAUCACACACGAAGAGGAAUAACACCAAAAAUAAAUAAAUGUCCGCUCCAGACAUUGACAGCACCGCCGCGAGUGGAAUGGCUGGUCUAGAAAUCACAAACCCUGACGCCCCACAAGACAGCUUCACUGAGCUCCAACUCUCCGAACUCGAGCGACAAAUCCUGGACCUCUACGACCGCCUCGAAGAGCUCCAGCUUGAGAUCGGCCUCCUCAGCGCCCCAGAAGCCACGCAGAAUGCAUCCACCGACGAAGUCACUGAUGAAGACCUUCAAGCCGAGCAGCAGGCGCUGUUGGAAGCCAAAGCGCGGUAUGCGUUGAAGAAGAGUAUUGCGGAGAGUAUUCUGAUGGCGAAUCCGAUACUGAAAGCUGUGCAUGCUGGGUCGAAUGCUAGUCCUAUAGAACGGGAUCUGCUCCCGCUGAUCCAGCAGCGCGACGAUGUGUCUACGGAAUUAGCAGCUACAGCGGCGCAAGUGCUUGCUGCCAGGGAAGCACUCACAGCCAUCGAGGCGGAGAGGUUGGUGCUAUCGCGGAGUAACACGGAGAUGGCGGGUAGGAUGGUGGGUCUUGCGGAGCAGGUGGAAGGGCAGAAGAAGGGGGGUAUUACGGAUCCGGAGAUGAGGGGGAAGAUUGAGGAGAUGGAGCGGGAGGUGAGGAGGAGUCGGCAGAAGUGGAGGUUGAUGAAGGGGGUUGCGAGUGGGGUUGUGGCGGGGAGUGGGAUGGAUUGGGCGAGGGAUGAGAAGUUAAGGGCGUUAGUGCUGGAGGAGGAUAGUGAUGAUGAGUAGGAAGGUCACAGGGCAUUGGAUCGCUGUAUAUCAUUGUUAAUUUAAGGGGUGACGAGUUGUGGGAUGAGCGCCAUAUACUCGUGCGGCUGCAUAGCUCACGAUUUAUAUCAGCAUUUAAAAUCAUGGAAUUAGAUCUCUUGAAUUCCAUUCAGGAGUAACUGUGUAUUUACACGUCGCUGGAUCUAUGUAUAUCAUAGUAG